AUGAAUAUAUAUAUAUAUAUAUAUAUAUAUAUUAAAAAAUCCAUUUUAAUUUCUAUCACCAUUUCAGUCCCAUUUCUUUUUCACUUUUCUUUCUACAAGAAACUAACUUAUUUUAUUUUAUUUUAUUUUAUUUUAUUUCAUUUCAUUUCACUUCCCAUUAUGUUAACAUUUAAAGGAUUAUUAUUAAUAUUAUUACUCCCAUCAAGAUUAUUAUCAUUUAUAAUUAAAUAUCCUUUUAUUAAAGGUAUUCCAGGUAAAUAUCAACAUAAUUUUUCAAAAUCAUUAUUUAUUAAAUUAUGUCGAUUAAUUCAAUUAUUACCAGUAUCUGAUAAAGGUACAUUAAAUUUUAUUCUGACAAAUUUUUUAUUAAAUAAAAUUAUGAAAUUAUAUCACACGAGACAUUUUUUAGGCGAAUUAAAUAAUUUUGGUAAGAAAUUUGAUGAUCAAAGUUAUUGGAUUCAUGAAUCACCUAAUAGAAAUAGAAAUAAGAAUAAAAGUGAUGAUCCAAUUAUAGUGUAUUUACAUGGUGGGUCAUAUUAUUUUGAUAAUUCAUUGAAUCAAAUGGAAAGUUUGAUAGGAAUUUAUCAAUUAUUACAAAACACCACCACCAUUACCACCACUACUACUACUAAUGAUGAUAGAACUAGUGUUGAGAGGAAGAAAAAUUUAUCAAUAUUAGUAUUGGAUUAUAAAUUAGCUAGUAAAGGUUAUAAAAUGCCUUAUCAAUUAAAUCAAUUAAUUUCCACAUAUAAAAAUUUAAUAUAUCAAGGAAAUACUAAUUUAAUAUUAAUGGGAGAUUCAGCUGGUGGUAAUUUAGCAAUCACUUUUCUUCAACAUUUACGAUUAACCAACAACAACAACAACAACAACAACAACAGCCCUGCAAAUUUACCUUAUCCUAAAAGUUUAAUUUUAAUUAGUCCUUGGUGUAAAAUUGUUCCUGAAAUAUCUGAUUAUACUAAAGGUCAUUCAAUGUAUGAUAAUAAUCAAUAUGAUAUAAUUGAAUGGAAAGCUGUUAAAAAAUUAAUUGAUAAUACAUCACCAUUAAUAAGAGAUGAUUUAUCACCACAAAAUUUAAUAAUUUCACCCGGGAAUUUACCUUAUAACAUUGAUGAUUGGAUUGAUAUUGAUACUUUACAAAAAUCAAAUUAUUCAACAUUUGUAAUUAUGGGUGAAUAUGAAACUUUACGUGAUGAUAUAUUAAAUUGGUGUCAAUAUGCUGUCAAUUCAACUUUAUCACUGCCUAUAAAACAUACACAAGGAAUAUUUGAUAAAAAUAUUCAUCAAUUUGUUAGUACUAAAAAUGACGGAGCUUAUGUUAAAUGUAUUAUUGAACCUAAAGGAAUUCAUGAUGCUAGUAUGAUAUUUGAAAAUGAUAUCUUAAAAGAAUUUCAAAAACAUACAACGAUGAAUUUACAAACUAUUAAUAAAGAUAAAUAUUUUGGUAUUUAUCAAAUUGUUGAAUUUUUAAAUGAAAUUUUAUAA